AUGGAUGAGGAAAUCUGGGAUUUCGACUGUACCGGUUCUGUCAUGAGAUUCGAUGACAAGGAACUCAAACUCAACGAGCAGUUAACAGAGGUCCUUGAUGAUAGAAUGGGCCAACGACAUGUUCUUGCCUUCGCAGAUGACAUCAAGACCGAGGAGCGCUAUCUGGUGAAGAUUCGUUACGAAUUAAACCCGAAAUACUUCGACUUCGAAGAUCCCGAGGAAGAAAGGGAGAUCGCUAUAGACCACUUCUCCUGUGAGGUGGAUGCUGCACAGCGUCUUAGUGAUGCCGGGUAUGGACCGAAGUAUGUAGCCCACUGGGGGCAGUUUCAAGGUAGUGGAUGGCCUUUUUAUGGAGGUGCUGUCUUCUUUCUUGUCAUGGGUACUGUUCCCGGGGAGGAUGUCAAUGAGAUCCGCGACGAACUGUCAGACAGGCAGCUAGACAGCAUCAGAAGCCAGCUAGCUCGUAUAUUAGAGCUCAUGCGAACAAAUGGAUACAAGCUAUACGAGCAGCAUCCCAGUUUUCUACGCUACGAUAAGGUGGCAGACAAGCUAUAUCUAGUUGACCUUACCUUUAUCGGCUUUACGGAUCCAAACAGUGAAACUUCUAUCCCAGUGACAGAGGACAACGUGUAUGUGGAGGCCUUCAACAUCUGGCGAUACCCUUACGAAGAGCCCCCUCAAGCCCCUCGGCCUCCUCUUUCUGGUGAUGAGAUUGCUUUGUUUUCUACCUUUUCCGUUUCUGUUCACGAUUAUACAAGAUAA